GGCAUUUCAUGAGGCUGCUCGAGCGCGUCCUUCUCUCCGCGGCCUCUUCUCCGAUGAGGUUGCCGCCGUCGCCGCUUGCGCGCAGCGGCCCGAUUUCCGCCAACCUCUUUGGCGACAUCAUGGGCGACGCGCUCAAAGAGCAGAAGCCGUACGAAAGGCCGCUUUUGCCAUCGCUGGUCAAGAAGCAGCCAGCAAGCUACCAGCUGCAAGAGAAGAUGUUCUCCUUCUCGGGCGAAGACUUUCGCGUCCGCGACCUCUCCGGGCAGGAGGUCAUCACCAUCGACGGAGGCAACAUCAAUCUCGGCGGUUGGGUCCUUGACAAGCUCGCCUUCAAGGAGGCGUCGAGCGGCGCCAAGUUCUGCAGCGUCGAGCGGCGCGCCAUCGCCGCGUCGACGUGCUACGACAUCUACUCGGCCGACGGCGGCGAGUGCGUCGCAAAGGUCGAGCGCGAGUGGAUGUCGAUGACGCCAAAGUACAAGUUUUACUACGAGGGCGACGCGAACCCGUUUGCCGACUUUGAAGCCGAGGGCUCCUUCCUCGACCGCACCUACACCUUCAAGGCCGGCUGGGGAGACACGAUCGCGAGGGUGCGGCGGGCGCCAGAGCUCGUGUCGGAUCUGGACACGUACGUGGUCGAUGUGGCGGCGGGUGUGGACGCGGCGGCAAUCCUUGCGAUGGCGGUCAUCAUUGACGAGGAACACACGACCACGACGAGGAGGACGCGAAGAGGGCCAAGGAGGAGGCCUCGGGCGGCGGCGGCUGGCCGUUCGGUUGAGCACACCACGGUUACUUGUGGGGCGAAAGGGAUGCAUGGUGCAUAUGGCGCGCGCGGGGCAACUUCCCACUCUCUGUGUAUCCAUGUUCGAUGUUAGGGGGUAGACAGCGCCCC